AUGGUGCUCAACGUGAAACAAUGUCUAACGAGACCGCAAGCAGUGUUCGAAGUCUACUUCUUCAUGCCUUUGAGCAACACGUUCUCUGCUCUCAGUAUUUGGAUUGCAAGCGCUGUAGCUCUGGAACGUUUAAUCUUCAUCCGCUACCCGGUGACGUGUAAGAUCUACUGUAAACCGAAGGUGGCAUGUGUCGUACUGGCGACCCUCGCGUCGUGCGCUGUUCUCUUUCAUCUUCCGUAUUUCUUCACGCGGGAAAUCACCGACGGAAACGCGACGACGGGCAAUGCUACGAACGUCGGCUGCCACGACGUCGCUUACACGGGCGUGUCGGCGACGCGAUCCUACCAGGCGUACCGCUGGAUCCGCGUUACCCUCGUGCAGAUCGUCCCCUGGUUGCUCCUGCUCGUCUGUAACCUCUGGUUGCUGCACAGCUUCCGACGGUCACGGAAGAUGACGCGUAGUAACAGCGGCAGCGGCACGAACAGUACGUUCAGCAAGGCAGAGAACCGUCUCACGCUGAUGCUCAUUGCCAUAGUGUUUGAGUCGCUUAUCCUGGACGUCUCCAUCGCUCUCACGGACCACGUCAGCUCGGCCGUCAUAUUCGGCGGUGGUGACGAGGAAUUCUACAACAGCGCCGCCUACGCUAAACUCACGCUAACGGAGAACUUUAUCGAAACUCUGAGUCACUCGAUCAACUUCGUUCUCUACUGCCUGCUCAAUAGAAACUUCAUGCGAGAAGUGCAGGUUCUGUGUUCGUGCGGAGCGACGAUGAAGUUCUCCGCGUACAGCAUGGCCGACGGAACUCUGACGACACCACGGAACAGCAUAGACUUACGCUACCUGGGAUCGGAGAGAGGGCGACGUGCGUCGGCUCUCAAAGCCAGCAUCAAAUCGUGCAGGUAA